GCUACCGCCGAUCACGAUGAGAUCUUCUUCAUUAUAGCCCUGUGUUGGCAUGAGCGUGGAUCUGCAGGAUGGGCAAUAUUCACCGGCCGCUCGUACUAGACUUCGUGACGAAGAAAACAUCCAGCUUGCCCCGCUUCAGUCAUCACGAGACGAUGCCGGAGCUGGAGAAAAUGGUUCACUCUCAAACGAGGGAGUGAAUGAAAUCUCUGAACCGCAAGACGAAGGUGAACAGCGCUUGACAUUCUUCACCGUCAAGCUGGUCACUGUAGCCGCUAUUUCAGGGUUAUUGUUCGGCUAUGAUACGUCUGCCAUCAGCGGAGCUCUGGUGAAUAUCCAGGAUGAUCUUGGAGCUCUGAGCGACUGGCAAAAAGAGCAGAUCACCUCGUCCACUACGCUCGGUGCACUCAUCGGGGGACUUGGAUCCGGUGCGCUGUCAGACUACACCGGGAGGAAACCUCUCAUUGGGAUCGCGUCAGCCCUGUUCAUCCUUGGUGCAGUCCAACAAGCGUGGAGUGGCUCCGUUUGGUCAAUGUGCUUGGGGAGAUUGAUCGUGGGUCUCGGGGUAGGGCAGGCUAGCUGCAUCGUCCCUUUGUACAUUGGCGAGCUGGGUCCAAGCCGGCUGAGAGGUAGACUGGUGACUGUGAAUUGCGUCAUGAUCACACUAGGUCAAGUCAUUGCAUAUCUCAUCGGGAUGAUCUAUCAAUAUACCCCGGGGGGAUGGCGAUGGAUGCUGGGACUUGGAGCAAUUCCAGCCAUGAUCCAGCUGUUCUCUCUGGCAGUGCUACCCGAGUCGCCACGGUAUCUCCUACUUCAAUCGCGUCGGACUGAGGCUCGCGCGGUCCUCGUUAAGAUUUACCCCUAUGCGGACGACGAACAAGUAGAUGCCAGACUAUCCUUGAUGAUGGCAGGAGUCCGUCAGAGCACUGUCCUCGCACAAUCGUCCACAUGGCUGAAUCGACUCCGGAGCUUGUUGAACGAGGGGCCAAAUAGGAGAGCUCUGGUCAUUGGAUCGGGUCUACAAGCCUUUCAACAGCUUACGGGGAUCAACACGGCUCUGUACUAUUCCGCGACUUUGUUUGCGAGUCUUGGCUUUCGCAAUGCCAUAGGUGUAGGAUGUGUGGUCGCCCUGGCCAACUUUGCCUUCACCCUGGUUGCACUUAGGCUCGUGGAUUCGCUCGGUCGCCGAAAAACCAUGCUGUAUUCGCUCUCCGGCAUGGCGUCAGGUCUGAUACUGAUGGCCGCAUUCUUUCAUUAUCUGCCUACGAGGGGAGAUAGCCAACCCUCGACUGACAGCUCGUCAUUCGCUCCAGGCCUCAUCGUUGCAGCCAUGCUCAUUUACGUAUCGUUCUACGCCAUCGGUAUGGGCAAUAUACCGUGGCAGCAGGGCGAACUCUUCCGACUCGACGUCAGAGGACUAGGCACGAGCAUCUGUACUGCGACGAAUUGGUCUUGCAACCUCCUUGUAGCAGCUACAUUCUUGUCUCUCCUGAGGGUUGCUACGCCUAGCGGAGCGUUCAUCUUGUACGCUGUGAUCUGUCUCGUCGGAUGGACUUUCUGCCUGCUUCUCUAUCCAGAGACUUCGGGGCUGUCAUUGGAGGAGGUUUACGAGUUAUUCAAGGACGAUUUUGGCGUGCAGCAAAAGUCUAGAUCUCUCCCAUAGGCAUGCGGACAGUCUCCUUGAUACCGUGACAGCCAUCUCAUACACCCAUGACAAUGUUGUAUGCAAGCAUCCUUGACUGCCAGCACAAAA